CCUAACAGUGCCAGUCAGUGCCACCUAACAGUGCUGCCUAUCAGUGCCCUACCAGUGCCUCCUCAUCAGUGCCCAUCAGUGCCACCUAUCAGUGUCCAUCAGUGCAGCCUAUCAGUGCCCAUCACUGCAGCCUCAUUAGCGCACAUCAGUGAAGGAGAAAAAUCACUUAUUUACAAAAUUUACCUUUUCUCAUCAGCAGUUAAAGCAGUCUUGUGACUUCUAUCAG